GAGAGGGAUCUAGGACUGAACUCGACAGGGGACAAAAUGAUUGAAUAUACGUGAAAAUGGACGUGUCGAGAUGUUGGAUUUAUCGCCUUGGAGUUUAGGAAGGACAUUUUGGGAGAAAGCGUUGAGAUUGAGAUCGCGCGAUGCCAGUUUCGGCUCAGUGUUGCCAUUUUUGAACGGGAUCUAGGAGUGUGUGUGAUGGCUGCAGUCCAGCGAAUCGCUGGCCUUCCCUUUCUCUAGUUUACUGGAUGUGUUGGGAAGUGCACUGCUUUGGGGUCAUUUGCGGAAUUCCGUGCGCAAAUCCAGCGGCCUUUCCACCCUGCUCUAUGGAAUGUACAUAAGUAUUCUCUGGAUUGGGGUUUGCAUGUGGGGGCAAAAUGUGGGCGGCUGCGAAGUUGACAUCAAUACGUUGAGGCUACUGAUUCCCUUCUCCCCACAUCCCUGCAGUCUGAGUGAUCAGACGUUACUGUGACAAACCUGGGCCGCUGGCACUAAAAUGUCCCUAAGUGGUGGCACUGCAGGCGGGAAAGGUGUGGACUCAAAUGCGGUGGACACUUACGACAGCGGUGAUGAGUGGGAUAUCGGGGUUGGAAAUCUGAUUAUCGACCUUGACGCUGACUUAGAAAAGGAUAAACUCGAAAUGUCUGGCACCAAGGACGGAGGCGGAAUGGCAGCCCCACCUAGCGCCGUCGCGGCUCUUCCAGAUAAUAUCAAAUUCGUUAGCCCCAUUAGCGCCCCUCAGGGCAAAGAGAGCAAAUCGAAAUCGAAACGCAACAAAAAUUCUAAAGACAAUGGCAAAUCUCCUGCUUCAGACGGAGCCAAAAAGGAGCAUCAGGGACGAACCCAAGUGGACGUUACUGGUGCGACGGGUAAUUCCGGAGGAAGUGGCAACUCUACGCCUGGAAAAGGCAACGAGAAGGGUGCGAAAUCCUCCCGCGGUGUAUCAAACAGCAAAAAGGAUAAGAAUGUAUCGAGUGGGAAAAGUAAAAAGGACAAAAGCGAAAGCGGACCUGUUGCAGUCAUUGCAAUUGAGAAGGAAAUUGUCGCGAAUGCUCAGGCAUUUGGAAUCGCGCGCAACACCUCAUUUGACAAUAUGCAGAAUGCGGACUGUGUGACAGAGCAACUUGGGAAUAAUGCAUUGGAAUCUGUUGGAAUUGUCUCUCCGUUAGCUAUUAAAUCCGAACCCGAGGAGCUUGACGGGGGAGAGUGCAGAGCUUUGAAGAAGAUGAAAAAUGAAAAGAUGGAGUCUCCUGUCUCCACUCCUGCCCCUCCACCUCUUCACCUCCUCGGAAACAGUGACAUUGCCUCACCUUGUGAGCAGUUGAUGGUGCGCACACGCUCAGUGGCUGUCAACACCACUGAUGUGGCCCUGUCCACGGAGCCCGAGUGCCUGGGACCCUGUGAGCCUGGCACCAGCGUCAACCUGGAGGGCAUUGUGUGGCAAGAGACGGAGGAUGGUAUGCUGGUGGUUAAUGUUACUUGGCGGAACAAGACAUACGUCGGAACACUUUUGGAUUGUACCCGCCAUGACUGGGCUCCCCCAAGAUUCUGCGAGUCUCCCACUAGUGACCUGGAGAUGAGAAAUGGCCGCGGACGUGGAAAGAGAAUGCGACCCAACAGCAACACCCCAGUCAAUGAGACCAGCAAUUCGUCAGAUAACAAGGGCAGCAACAGCAGCAAGACCAGAGCAGGUUCCAACAGCAAGGGUCGCCGCGGCAGCCAGAACUCAUCUGAGCACAGGACUCCGCCCAAUAGUAACACAGAGGACGUAAAAGCCAGCCCCUCCUCUGCUGGCAAGCGCAAGAACAAGCCUGCAUCAGACAUGGAGCCUAACUCCAGCUCUGAGGACUCGAAAGGCAACAAGCGCAUGCGUACAAAUUCAAAUGGUGGAAUGAUGUCAACGCUCCCAAUUCCCAUCAUCAAAACAGAGUCCCUUCCUCCUCCUCCUCUAGACCGAAGCUGUUCCUCACCAGUAUUGAUUGACUGCCCACAUCCCAAUUGCAACAAAAAGUACAAGCACAUCAAUGGUCUAAAGUAUCAUCAAGCUCGUGCUCAUAAUGAUGAUGACAUUAAGUUGGAGAUGGAUGGGGACAGCGAAUAUGGUGAAGAAUCUUCUCUCCACCCAGAGCCCGGAAAUUGUAAUGGUGCUUCGAUUACACAAAAAGGCUCGCUUUCCCCAGCACGCUCUGUAACACCUAAAGGGAGAGGGUUUGAUGCUCAGAGUCCAUCACCCUCUCCUGGAAAGUUUGGCUCCAAGUCGAAGAAAAAGAAUGGUGAUACUGAAGCAGAAGUUUGUGGCACACCAAUGGAGGGUUGUGAGGAUGGGCCUUGCCUUACUGCCGAUGAGGCUAGCAAUGACGGCAUGGAGGACCGGAAGACCAAAAAGCCAAGUAGUGGUGCCAAGUCUGACAAGAUGUCCCAGAAAAACAUGAAGUCCUCCAGGCCUAUGGCUCCAUCCCUGCCCUCUCAGCAGAUGUACUCUUUGCAGCCAACACCAUUAAGUGGCGGAAGCCCCAGCCAUCCUCCAGGGAUGGGCAACAUGUUGCAAGGUGUCCCCAAGAGUCCUCAACUGAAGGGCGUACAGUCUAAAUUGGGUGUACCUGGGGACUCAUCUCCAAUCAAUCCAGCUUUGAGCAACUCUAAGGACAAAAAGAAAAAAGACAAGAAGAAGAAAGAUCUUGGCAAGGAUGCAGACAGCCCCAAGCUUCCAGGGAAAAGUGGGAAGGUUGAAGAUGGGAAAAGCCCAUAUUCUGAGUCAUCCGACCCAGGAAGCAGGAGUGAGGGUCAUCACAAUGGCUCCUCGGACCCUCAUCAAAGUCGCCUAGCCAGCAUGAAGGCUGAGGCAGAUAAGAUAUACAGUUUCACGGAUAAUGCUCCCAGUCCAUCCAUCGGGGUGGCCAGUCGGGUGGAUGGCAGUGGACAGCCUCUCACUCCCCUCCAUGUAGCCACCCAGAAUGGGGCUGAUAGCUCUUCGGUGAAGACAAACAGCCCUGCAUACUCUGACAUAUCUGAUGCAGGAGAGGAUGGUGAAGGCAAAUCAGAAGGGGCCAAAUGCAAGGGAGAAGAUCAGUCGAUGAAGGACAGUGCAAAGAAGGCUCUUUUUCCCCCACAGACAUCAAGUAAAGAGUCCUCAUAUUAUGCUAGCUAUGACAAUUACUACUCUCCCAGUUACGCCCACCCGAGCCCUGGUGGUACCACUGCCGGUGCACCAGUGCUGGAUGGCCAAGCUGUGAAACUGAAGAAGGAGGAUGAGCAAGAAUUGACAGAGGAGAAGGCAAAGGUGGAGGCACCAGAUGAGUGCAAACCUGAGGUCGCUUUAAGUCAGCCUCACCAACAACAGCAAGCCUCAGUCAUCCAGCAGCGCUCCAAUAUGUAUAUGCAGCCCCUCUACUACAACCAAUACUAUGUUCCACCUUAUGGAUACCCGGACCAGGUUUAUCACAACCAUCUUAUGAACACUAAUCCAACUUACAGGCAGCAGUAUGAGGAGAGGCAGAGACUUAUGACCGAGCAGCACAGGUCUGCUGAGAAGAAGCCUGAGUCGGGUGUUAAGGAUAGGGAAGUCUUCAUGAAGGAGGACUGGAAACAGAAGGGCCCUGUUCCUCCAGGCCUUACAAAAGCCCCCAGCCUUUCAGACCUGGGAAAGCCACAGGCUCCUGGCAAGCAGAGAGACUCUUCCUCUGACCCAGUCAAGUCAGUCAUUAUCCCUAAAGGGGAGGAGGCCAAGCUGCAGCCCCAGCAAGCUGAGGGGCUUAAAAUGAAGCUCAGUGAAGCUGGCCAUCAUGGAAAGGAUGAUUUAAAGGCAAGUGUAGAGUCUGCGAGGCUGGGAAUGGAGCAGGCCAUGUGGUACAGACAGUACCCUGAGAGUCAGAGACCAUCAGAUGAGGAACGAGACCGUGAGCGGGACAGAAGAGGCAAAGAUGAAAGGCAGAGGCCGAAGGACAACAGCUCCAGAGACGAGAAUAAAGAUGGAACUGAUGUUUCCUGUCUUCCCAGCACAGAGGACCAGCGAAGUGGAGGAAAAGAUCCUCGAACUAAUGCCCACAUGUCUUUCAGUUCUCCCUUGGCACAGCACCAGCCCUACCUGCAUUACAUGCAUGGAUAUCCUUUUGGGCAAGGCUACGAACCCAGCCACCCUGGAUACAGGGGCAUGUCCUCAGUCAUGAUGCCCAACUACCCAGGGUCCUAUCUGCCAGCCGGAUACCCUUUCUCCCCUUAUGGCAGUAAAAUGGGCACCGGAGAAGAGGGCGAAAAAUCACGCUCCAGCCCCACGGUCAGCAGCAAGUCGGCUUCAGAGUCCAAAGCCUUGGACAUACUGCACCAACACGCUAACCAAUACAAGAGCAAAUCACCGACUGUCGCCGACAAGCCUUCUCAUGAAAGGGAGCGAGGUGCCAGUGACCGAGAACGGGAGAGAGAGAGGGAUCGAGAGAGGGAGAGAGAAAUGGAUCGACCACGCUCAUCUCCCUCCCAACGAAUAAUGCCACCCCAUCACCUAGGCUAUCCCCUUGUAGCCGGGCAAUAUGAUCUGUCAUAUGCCACAGGCCUUUCAUCGUCAGCGAUUAUUGCCAGUCAGCAAGCAUCAGCCCCCUCCCUGUACCCACCAGCACGGAGGUGAGAAUGGGAAACCAGAUUGUCUCACCCUUCUUUACAAAUAAUCAUGUGACUGGAUCACAUGGGGAAGUACAUGGAGUUCAUUUAGACAUCAGUUGAAUGGUGUUUCUAUAUUUUAAUUUUUUGUUCUGCCGGAAUGUGUGGCAGAUCAAUGUUUUUCCUAGUAUCUGUACCUCGUACCCCCGCUGCAGACUGUGAGACCAGGUUCAAAGCCAUCCCGCCCCCUGCUUGGAGCCCAGCUGGCCACCGAACUGUACCUGUGAACAGGUGAGGAACAUCAGAGACUGAACUGACAAACAGCCUGACGUCAUAGUCCUCACUGAUGCAGGCCGUGUGGCCAGAUACGACACGAGGACUCGAGGGGAAUUGUGAACACAAAUAACUGAACAUAGUUUCACGUGAUAACGAGAUGACUUAAGUUGAUUUCCUUUUUAUGUUUUAGUUUGCAUCCUCACUGAAGAAGUAAAUCGGUUUGACCCACAGUUUUUGAAUUGUUGUUAUCUAGAUAAAACAAGUGAAAGCUGCAUAUAAUAUCAAGCAUUGUCUCAUAAAUCUGUAUUUUUUACCAAUUGAUCUCAAACGGUUCUAAUAGCCACAUGCCUCAAGACUGCUCUUGUACUUUUCUCUGCAUUUUACCUUUCCCGUGCCCCUUUUACCCCCUUUUGAGAACAUCAUCAGCAUGAUUUGGUGCAAAGAAAAAUACAAAAUCCAUUUAUUUAUUUAGUUUCCUGCAAAAUGGGAUCCUUUAGUUUGUUACCGUUAUUGAAACAUGUGGUAGAUCAUACCUCUCUGCUCAAACUCUACCAAGUUGUGACGACCUUCAUGCUAUUUAAGCGACAUUUCUUCAACCGUACCAUCAAUUACAGACUCCAUCUUCACUCUGAGGGGGUUCACAUCAAUCCUUAUCUCGCUUAGACGGUUUUGAAGUCAGUCUUCAUUACGGUUGCAAAGCAUUGCCCUCCACUCUCAGUUUAACUCUCAGAUCAGCCCUCCUUUUGAGGAAUAAGACGUCCGGUGUGCACUGUACCAUCUGUUUACAUUUUGCCUUUGAUUCCAGCUCGGUUAUCCUUCUUAACUUGAUUUUGACUAUUUCAGAUCUUUCCUCGACAUCGCUAUGGUUCUUAAAAUGGAUGUUUGUUAACGUGACAAGGUAUUGUAAGUUCCUUUAGAGAGAGACGCUUAUGUGGUGACCAUUGGGCGUGUGACGCCAGAGGCCCAGUAGUUUCGUUCUAAUUGUCCUGAUGUUCUUUGCAUGGGGCCUCUUUAUUCCUGGACACUUAUUGUUGAAGUGUUGUGAUAACUCCAGCGUGCUAUAUGAAGCCAAUUGAGCGUUUGAACUGAACUCACUUUCAUAGCCCAUCAUGCUCUGUGUUUUUCCUGUCCGCAUGGUGUACUAUAGCGCUAGAUAUGUGACUUUGAACAGUUUCUCCUCAGGCAAAGCGAACUUCGGUUUCGCGCCAGACUCUGUUGUGACUCCUGGUAAUUGACACACUAUGUGAUGUCUGUAUAUGAUGUACAGAGGGACUGUUUUCAAAAUGCAAUCAAGAAACCAUACACUUUGUUAGAUUUUGUUUGUAAAUCUGUUUCUAGGGUGUGUGUUUUUAUCUCCUUCACUGCUUGAAAUGCCAUAGAUUUCAUAUUGGCUUGCUGUCACAAUGCAUGCUGCUUUUUACAGUUCAGUUGGUCAUUUUUCAAACUCUCAAAUUAGACUCAACCUGUACAACUGGUCGUAAGUCUCUAUUCCAUGCCGUUUUGCCUGCUUAUUUUCACCCUUGAGUGAUUUGAGCAGGUAGAUUUUAACAGGCUAUGUAUUUUGGCUCAUGCACUCCCUUUCAAGUUUAAAGUCACAAUAAGUACAGCAACAGUGAAGCACCAUGGUACACUGAAUACUUGCAUUGCAACACAAAUACAUCACUAUGGACUUGAUUGGAUACAUUUGGUGCUUUUGAGCCUUAGAACAAUAUAAUGUACAUCUUCUGGAACAUAUUUUUAAUGCGGCGGUUUUAUAAAUUCUCAGCAGCCAUCAGGAAACAUGUCAAAUGCUGCUCAGUCGCCUUUGAUAUCUCCAAGGAGGAUGCAGCGCACUCUUCAUGCUUUGCGUCAUUUUUUUUACCGCCUCUCUCUAUUGAGUUUUUUUCCAAUUGUCUCUCAGAAGGCAAUUUAUCACCAAGUAUCAGGCCCCCGGUACUUAAAGGAUGUUUACAUUUUUUAAUGGCUUUGUUUGAGAUGAUUCUUUGCCUGUAUCACCCAAUAUCUCCUGUUCUUUCUUGGAUGGUUCUCUUAUGUAAAGUGUACAUUACCACGUUUCUUUUUUUUUUUUUUUAAAUACUGUUACUCGCCUUUGUACAUUUAGGCAAAAAAAUAAAUCUUUUUAUGAGACAAUCACAUCUGUCCUUGCAUGGCUCUUUACUGUGUGUUACAUAAAACAAUGUUUGUUCUUAUGUCCCUUUUCUUUACAUUUGAAUUAAAGUGGAUGCAUUUUUGCCUUUUGUGUGGUUGGUAUAUGGGUGUUCCUUUAACGUCGGGCACUUUCACGUCCCAGUUUCUUUUUAUUUAUUUUUAUUAAAUGCCCUUUGUGCAGAUUUGACUGUUUUAGCAUUGGCUUGGCUGACUCCUAGUGGUGUGGAUGCAGCAUUAUUCAAAAACAAUCGUUUUCAGUAACUCAUGUCGCUGUAGAAAUUCACUAUUUACAGCCAGCUAUGAUUCAUUAAAUCCCUGAGUGAAAGUGUCCGGUUACUGCGCAUAGUAUUUGGCUGGUCAUGUGAUCCUAAUAUGGCCGCCCCCAUGAGGGGACCCUCUCCAUGUAGAAACAAAAAAAGAUUUUAUAAGGUUACUGAUAUGAAAGUAGUGAUUUUUGAUGUAUUUUUCAAAAUGACAAAUUAUUUCUUUUGAAGUAAAACUUUUUAAAUGAGGAAAAACUUAGUGCACCUUUAAAUAUUAACCUAUGAAAAUCCAUUGUAAAAAUAUAAAUUAUGUCAUGUUUAAAACUAUGAUAAUCUAAACAAAGUGUGAAGAGUCCAAUAUUUAUUGUGUGAAAAUGAUUUCUAUCAAAUUUUAACAAAUUUAUACUGUCCCGCAGUUGUACCGUCAUUUCCAUC